GAGUCAACCUGCAGGUCAGAGCGGUUUAGCAGAGGGGCUAGCUGCUUCAAAUGUUCGGUUUCAGGGGACAGGUGAGCAGUGAGGAGGAGGAGUUUCAUCAUCCCCUGCAAGCUGUCCAGCAUGACGUCCCGUGCAGCCCCUUCAGGUAAAGAAGCUGUGAAGGUGAAGAGGAGGAGUGGGAGUGUGGGGCGGAAGCAGACAGCAGACAUUGAGGAAUUGACAUCUUCUGGGAACAAAGCGCUGCACGAGGGACGCCCACAGGAGGCGCUGAGGUACUUCAGAGAUGCCCUGAAGGCUGCAGAGCAGCUCCAGGACUCGCGGGUCCUGCGGGCCUGUUCCUUUAACCUCGGGGCUGCCUAUGUGGAGGUAGGACGACCUCGGAAAGGUCUGGACUUCCUGCGGCAUGCUCAGCCUGGUCCCAAGGCCGACCGCCUCCCUGACCUCCAGUUCAACCUUGCCCUGGCCCAUGAUGCACUGGGGCAGAGCCGGGAGGCCGCCACCUACUUCCUGCAAGCUGCCCAGCUGUAUAGGUCACAAGGAGACGGCUGCAGCGAGGGGGACGCCUGCGUGGAGAUGAGCCGCUGUUACAGCAGGACACAGGACUGGGCGCUGGCGGCUCAGGGUUACUUGCGAGCUGCAGAGAGUUACAGAGUGGCCAACAUGUUGGACUAUGCAGCCACCGCCCUGUCAGAAGCAGGAAGUCACAUGACCCAAUCAGAUCAGUGCAACCAGGAGGACAUCAUCAGUGUGCUGUCAGAGUGUCUGAGUUUGAUGGGGAGCAUUACGGACCCGAGGACUCUGGGUGAGCUGUACCUGUCGGUGGGCGUGUCUUACUGCCGGCUCAGGUCUUUCCAGGAGGCAGUGCAGUGUUUCCAGAAGGCUCUGAGCCCCGCGGCUAAGUGGCCCCCCCUGCUGCCCAAGGUCUUGCACAACCUGGGAGCGGCGCUGAACUCCAUGGGCCAGUUCAGGUCCGCCGUGGACUACCACAGGCUGGCCGCUGGACUGUACGGCUCUCAGGGUUGCCGUGGCGACCAGGCUCGCUGUUUCAGUAACCUUGCGUUUGCCUUCAGUCGGAUCGGUGAGGAAGAGGAAGCAGCAGAGAGCUUAAUCCUCGCCCUACAGGGAUUCAGAGACACAGGGGACUACCUGGCACAGGCUCAGGUGUGCGAGGUGCUGGCUGAGUGUUACCUGGUGCAGAGGAAGCAACACAAAGCGGUUCAGCUCUACAAACAGGCUCUGAGUGCGCUCUCUCACUGCCAGGACAGCAGCGGCAUCCAGGACCAACUGGUGGAGCGACUGACUGCCACGCUGCAGCAGAGUCUGACCGUCGCUCCUCAGGUCUUACCACAACACCCAUUCACUAAACCCAUCUGUGGUUAUAAAGCCCAAUAACCUCAGUUUGAUCUGA